AGAAAUCUUAAUUUUCCAUUUACAUUCGAUUUGAGACCUUUACUCCCCGAGGAGGUUAUUCAUUGGAUCAAAUUGACCCAUUAUUUUCUGCGUGGUAGUGUGACUCUAUAUUUGAGUCGGAAAACCGUCGAAAAACAAUCAAGGGGAAAUCAGAAGAAAAAGAAGAAGACCUUAGUAUAUGUUUUGGCCCUGUAUGGGCUUUACGCUCGCGCAUAAACCUAAAAAAUGUUUAAAAAGUUGUUGGAACGAUGGUUCAUGAAAAACAAAUUAAAAAAUAAACAUGAACCUUUAAGACGAAGACUGGCGAUAAUUUAUGCUAUCGUGGGAUGGAAUAUGUUUGGCGUUAUGUUUUAUACAAUUAUAAAACGUAAAAUCCCAGAAGACUCUACAGAACGAAGAAUAUCUUAUGGACUUUUAACAGGUACAUCUAAUAAUAUGCAUGUAUAUCAAGUAACAGGACUGACACUCACCAAUGAUUUUGAUGGUACAUGCCAGAACGAGAUUACUCAGGUAGAAAAAGAAAAUGAGAAAAAUGAAAAAGCAAUUGCUAACGAAAUUUAGGUAAUACAAUUAAUAAUUAUUAUUUUUCAAAAACCAUCCUUGUAUAGUGC